AUGCCGUAUUUGUCCGAUCAGCCAAGUGAAGCAAUGAUGGGUCUUGUUAGUACUUGGAUAGGUGACCGCCUGGCCCUAAGAAUACCAGAUGUUGCUGACAUAAGGACUUUACUAAAAAAAGCAUCUCAUGGCUUUGGCAGUUGUCCCUUGUCAAAUUGGCUGACUGUCUUUACUGUUGGUACGACCUAUCUUGUAGUCACGGCGAUGGUCAGCUGUUGGGUGGGUCAGCUCCGCGCCAUCCCCCUCCCCGACACCCCGUCAUCUGUGAUCAGCAUCCCUCCGCCUGGCAUCAAGUUCUCUCUCCCACAGGGUAAAUCUAUCUCCCUGGCCUCACCUACCGGGAAUAUUGCUUCUACCGUCCCUGUUCUUAAGGUUGUACCUCUCCCUGUUGCGAUGGCUCAACAACCUGUGCCUUCCCCUGUCAUGAUGGCAGCAGAACCUAUGCCUUCCCCUGUCAUGAUGGCUGCAGAACCUAUGCCUUCCCCUGUCAUGAUGGCAGCAGAACCUGUGCCUUCCCCUGUCAUGAUGGCUGCAGAACCUAUGCCUUCCCCUGUCAUGGUGGCUGCAGAACCUAUGCCUUCCCCUGUCAUGAUGGCUGCAGAACCUAUGCCUUCCCUGUCAUGA